GUUCUGUAUGAACCUAUGCAGGCCCGGAAAAAAUAUAUUUUCAUGACUUUCUUUGCCACUUGGCUUCUGCUCUUCUUCUUUGGAGGAGACCAAAUAAGACGCCUUGCCUUCUCUGGCAAGAAGGCCGGCGUAUUGAAGAGCUGGCCCCAGUGGGCUGAUGGGUUUCUCCUGAAAAGCUUUGCAGAUCCUGAGGAGCUCCAGGAAGAUGAUGGAGACCUCAGUGAGCAAGCCCCCAAAGCCCGGCGAGAGUUGAGGCGGAGUAUCUACAAAAACAGCCGAUGUCGUAUGGAGACUUGCUUUGACUUUUCCAGGUGUAGGGAACACGGGUUCAAAGUCUUUGUCUACCCUCUGGAAAGAGGAGACCCUGUGUCAGAAAGUUACCUCAAAAUCAUCACAUCCAUUGAAGACUCGCGGUAUUACACCUCCAAUCCUGAAGAAGCCUGUUUGUUUGUUCUAAACAUCGAUACACUGGAUAGAGACCACCUUUCCAUACAAUAUGUCCACGACAUCAAUGAAAAAAUCCAAGGGUUCCCUUUGUGGAAUGAUGGCCGAAACCAUCUCAUAUUUAACCUUUAUUCUGGCACUUGGCCUAAUUACACAGAAGAUUUGGGCUUUGACAUUGGUCAGGCUCUCCUAGCCAAGGCCAGCUUUUACAUGGAGAAUUUUCGGCCUGGUUUUGAUAUCUCCAUCCCUUUGUUUUCAAAGGACCAUCCCCAGAAAGGUGGUGAGAGAGGAUGGCUGCUUAAGACCACUGUUCCACCUAAGAAAAAGUACCUCUUGGUUUUUAAAGGGAAAAGAUACCUGACUGGCAUUGGUUCGGACACCAGGAAUGCUCUCCACCAUAUCCACAACGGCAAAGAUAUCAUUUCCCUGACCACGUGCAGACAUGGCAAAGACUGGGAAAAACACAAGGACAGGCGAUGUGAUCAGGAUAAUACAGACUAUGAAAAGUUUGACUACCAAGAGCUUUUGCACAAUUCUACCUUCUGCAUCAUUCCACGAGGGAGACGCUUGGGAUCCUUUCGGUUCUUAGAGGCAUUGCAGGCUGCCUGCAUCCCUGUGCUGCUCAGCAAUGGCUGGGAACUGCCGUUCUCGGAGGUGAUUGACUGGAGUAAAUCGGCCAUCGUCGGGGAUGAGAGGCUACUGCUACAGAUUCCAUCUACAGUUCGAUGUCUCCACAGUGACAAGAUCCUGGCCUUCCAGCAGCAAACGCAGUUCCUGUGGGAAGCUUAUUUUUCUUCUGUGGAGAAGAUUGUGCAAACUACCCUUGAGAUAAUAAAGGAUCGGAUAUUUCACCAGGAAUCCCGCCCGAGGUUCUUCUGGAACACACUUCCUGGGGGGCUGCUGGCGCUGCCAGAGUAUUCCACUUAUCUCAGUGACUUCCCUUUCUACUACCUGCAGCAAGGAUCGAACCCUUCGGGCAAGUUUACAGCAUUAAUCCGGGCUGUCUCACCAAUCGUCUCCCUCUCACAGCCCAUCCUCAAGCUCAUCCAAGCUGUCUCCAAGUCUCAGUAUUGUGCCCAGGUUGUAAUUUUAUGGAGCUGUGAGAAACCACUGCCACAGAGCAGUACAUGGCCUGAGUCCACAGUUCCCCUGAUUGUUAUCCAAGGCAGCAGCAGGGUCAGUGAUCGGUUUUUGCCUUACUCCGCCAUUGGGACAGAUGCGGUACUCAGCCUGGAUGAGCACACAAGCCUCUCGACUAGUGAGGUUGACUUUGCUUUUGUUGUGUGGAGGAGUUUCCCCAACCGGAUUGUAGGUUUCCCUGUACGCAGCCACUUCUGGGACACCAGCAAAAGCCAGUGGAGCUACACCUCAAAAUGGACCAAUGAGUUCUCCAUGGUCCUCACUGCAGCUGCAUUCUACCACAGGUAUUACCACACCCUCUUUACCAAUUACUUGCCUGCUAAACUAAGGCGCCUCAUCGAUCAGUUUGCCAACUGCGAGGACAUAUUGAUGAACUUCCUGGUUUCCGCUGUCACCAAGCUGCCUCCCAUCAAGGUGACCCAGAAGAAACAACACAGAGAGAGCUCCUCCCAGCAGCUACUGAAGAGUGUCCCCCCAGCCACCAGGAACCUUCACUUCUCUCAGCGCCAGGAGUGUGUCAACCAGUUCGCAGCCUGGUUUGGGUACAUGCCGCUGGUGCAUUCUCAGUUCCGCCUGGACCCUGUGCUCUUCAAAGACCAAGUAUCUGUGCUGCGGAAAAAGUACCGGAAUCUAGAGCGGGACUAG